AUGAGUUCCUCAAGCAACCUUAUGAUGAUGAUCGUGAUGGUGGUGACGGUCUUGUUGGUCAUGUCGCCCGGAGUUCCUACGACGUCGGCUGUCGUAAGCGGAAUUUGCGAUGUCCAGUCCUUCCCCGACGGCGAUCAGCGGAUCCUCUGUGUAUCCACUCUGCUCGCUGACUUGAUUGGGCUUUGGGCGUCGAUGGUACAAGUAUGA